UCAGUUCGAGUAGAGCAAAUCGCAACGAAUCAAAGUCAAAACAAGUUGCAUUGCAACAACACAACAUGAAGCCCACUGAAAGAAAUAGCCCGGAAAAAGUAUUUGUUAAUUCACAAAAUAUUCAAGUAGCUCUACAGUCGUUUAUAAAGCGGCAUCGUAGCAGCUUACAAAAACUAAUGGAACAAAAUAAUAAGUUGGGGCAACAAAACGCGCUCCUAAAUGCACAAUUGAGCAAUCAAUAGGGCACCGUGCUGGCGCUAAAUGAAAAAUUUCUGCCGGCAACAAGGAGAUUACCAAAUACAAAGAAGAGCAACCCCAUUUGAUGGAGAGUAAAAGCUUACUGCGCACUGAAUUGUUGGCUUAUAAAAAGCGCUAUGGUGAAUUGCUGGUUUUCAGUGAAAAGGAGCUGAAGGAGUGUGGUGAAAGGGAAAAAGUGUUGAAAAAUAAGUUUGAUGUAAUUCGUAAAGAACAAAGACAAGCGCGUUGGAUUUGAACACAACAAUGCAGAGUUAAUUUAGACCAGAAUUGAAAUCAAUGAAAGUAAGCUGCCACUGUGGAAGGACUGUGAAGCCACCGUAAAUAGACGAUGCCAGCAAUUAUCAGCGGAAGGAGCCUCACAUUCUAGGACGAACAAUAAGGGAGGCCUAUAAAUAUACUUUGUGGCAUUCUGCCUAUAUUGGUUUUAUGUAUGCUAUGUUUCACUUUUCUAUUUAUUUACUUUGCCUUUUUUCUUCACCUUUUUACAGCGCUGACGCAUUACUUUGCCCGCCGGCUAUUGAUGACAUCCUUAAUGAUGUACCAUGAAUAAUAUUCUUCGUUUGCCGUUAAAAUUUAUCAGCGUUUACGAACGCUUUAAAAUGCUCAAUCACGGACGUAAGGUGAAUUUCGUCGACACAAUGUUUCAAAUGCUCGAAAAGUAUUCCAAUAACUUGGAGGAGCUGAUACGUGAGCGCACAGAUCAAUUGGAUAUUGAGAGGAAGAAAACUGAACAGUUAUUAAAUCGCAUGCUACCCAUGUAAGGAAUAUAGGCGUUUAACUCACAACAAUGGUAUGGAAAUAAUUCUUAUUUCUUUUAACUACCCGACAAUUACCCCCCAAUCUCGCCACCCUGAAUUGGUAAAAAAAAAUUAAAUAUUUUUUCUUUUUUAACCGUAGUUCGGUGACGGAAUAAUUGAAAAUGGGUUUGGUCGUCGAACCGGAGGAAUUCUCCGACGUAACAAUCUAUUUUAGCGACAUCGUUGGUAUUACAACUAUUGCUGCGCACUGUAGUCCCGUACAGGUUGUGGAUCUGAUUGCUGAUCUCUACACAAUUUUCGAUACGACUAUCAACGCAAGGUAAGCGGAAGUAAAUUCACUUAUGUGUAUAUGUUUAGUUGUAUUUCGUGCUUAUGAAGCGCGGACUAAUUGAAAUAAAGGGGAAGGUAUGAUGAACACUUUUUGGUUGUUGGGAAAGAAAGGUUUGAUAAGCCAUUGCCUGCACCGCCACCAAUUGGUGAAUCACACGGUCUCGAUGAGUCUCUUAUCCGCAACUCGAUCACACUCAAAGCACAAGCGAAUAAAUCAGGCAACAGCACCAAGCAACCCCAAGUCAAUCUUCAUCGCUGGCCGACGAAUCGGUCGAGGUGAAAGUGGAGAUUACACUACUAAACAAUGCGACCAUUUGCUCGUCGAACUUGCCAAACUCAUACUCAUUAGACUCCACCUCUACAAAUACAAUCAGUCCAAAUGUCACAUUAUGUCCGGAUUUCCCCGCGAAGAUUCCAAACGCCAGUCCGCAAUCACGUAAAAUGUCCGAACUCUCACCUAAGACCUUGCUCACGCCAGGCAAUUUCAAUCGUUUACCGAGCUCGGCAGGCGGUUCCUCGUCCCGUCUCUAUAAAAAAUAGAAGAGAUUAUGGAUCUCAGUUCACCGUACAAUCAUUACAAGAGUCUUAGCCCCAAUAAAACUAAUCUCACACUGUUCACAAAUGAACAGCGAAAUAUUGUAUAAGAUAAGAAAACAUGUAAUUCUCAUUAUCAUAAGAACACAUACAGACCACCCUAUAUACAUAUAUUUACUUAGUUAAGAUAGUUUCCAAAUUUUUAUAUAAUUAAUGACA